ACUUGCUUGCCAGUGUCAAAGAUAUGUCUAAGGCUUUGAUAAAUCGCUGAGUUUAUUGAAAUUUCUUCCGUUUUUCUCGAUCUGUUUGCAAGAUACGAUAUUCCGUCCCUAUUACCGAGAUAUUUUCUAAGAGAAGCAAACGAAAUACAAAAUGGCUGUCGCAUUACCAAUGGAGUCUAACCCUGAGACUAUGAACAGAUACCUUGAAAAACUAGGAGUUCCAAAUAAAUGGCGUAUGGUAGACGUUGUAAGUUUGGAAGCGGAUGCCUUGAAAUGGGUACCGCGACCCGUAUUAGCCGUUAUACUCCUGUUUCCACUCUCCGAAACCUACGAACAACAUCGAGCUCAGCAAGAGAGUGAACUGCUAAAAAAAGGGCAACAAGCUCCCAAAGAUGUCUUUUAUUUGAAGCAAGUUCUAAGCACCGUUUGUGGAACCAUUGCGUUGGUACACAGCAUUGCAAAUAACACCAAUAAAAUCGAGCUUGAAGACGGACUCUUGAAGAAUUACAUAAAUGAUGCAAAAGGACUUGACGCUGCAGGCAAAGGAGCUCUUUUAGAGAAUUCUGUCCAUAUUUUGCAAGCUUAUAAGGAUACUGUAGAAUCAGCUGACCAAGCAACAGGAGAAGAAAGCGAAACUAUGAACAAUCACUUCGUAACGUUCAUCCAUAAAGAUGGAAAUCUUUACGAGUUGGAUGGAUGUAAGUCUUCGCCGAUAAACCACGGACCAACGACCGCUGAAAGUCUCCUGGAAGACGCUGCGAAGAUAUGCCGCGAGUUCAUUGCGCGGGAACCAGAUAACAUUGGUUUUAAUGUAGUAGCGCUUGUUUCUAAUCAAUAAACUCUGUUUUUCUGUUUAUCUCGAUAAAGUUGGUGGUUGAUCUGUAAUAAAACUUUUU